AUGGCGGCGGCGGCGUGGGUCUUCUCGCGGGCUGGGCUGCGCCUGGGGAGGCGGAGACUGGUGGAUUCUCCUCUGCCAGCUGGUGUUCCUAAGCUUAGUUAUCGCUUUGCAUCAUCUCACAAGUACGUUCCCAGGCGAGCUGUGCUCUAUGUACCUGCGGAUGAUGAAAAGAAGAUACGAAAAAUCCCGUCACUAAAUGUAGAUUGUGCAGUGCUGGACUGUGAAGAUGGCGUGGCUCUGAACAGAAAGAGAGAAGCAAGACUGACCGUUGUGAAAACCCUUGAAGAGUUUGACUUUGGCCAUGCUGAAAAGUGUGUUAGGAUAAACUCCGUGUCCAGCGGUCUUGCAGAAGAAGAUCUAGAGGUGCUUUUGCAGUCCAAGACCCUUCCUUCAAGCAUGAUGCUGCCAAAGGUUGAAAGUGUUGAAGAAAUAAGAUGGUUUUCAGACAAAUUCUUACAUCACCUAAAAGGCCGAACACUUGUACAACCAAUGAAUUUUAUCCCCUUUGUGGAAACUGCAGUGGGCUUGCUCAAUUUUAAGGCUGUCUGUGAAGAAGCAUUGAGAACAGGAUCCCAGGUUGGCUUUCAUUUGGACGCAGUCGUCUUUGGAGGAGAGGAUUUCCGUGCCAGCAUAGGUGCAACAAGCAGUAAGGAAACUCACGAUAUUCUAUAUGCCAGGCAAAAAAUAAUAGUCACAGCAAAGGCAUUUGGCCUUCAAGCUAUAGACCUUGUUUACAUCGAUUUCCGAGACGAAGAUGGGCUCCGCAGGCAAUCAAGAGAAGGUGCCUCAAUGGGAUUCACUGGUAAGCAGGUGAUUCACCCCAACCAAAUUGCUGUUGUCCAGGAACAGUUCUCUCCGAGCCCUGAAAAAAUAAAGUGGGCACAAGAACUGAUUUCUGCUUUUGAAGAACAUCAGCGAUUAGGCAAGGGAGCGUUUACUUUCCACGGGAGCAUGAUCGACAUGCCAUUACUGAAGCAGGCACAGAACAUUGUUACGCUUGCCACAGCCAUCAGAAAAAAUGAGCUGGUAAAUGAAGCUCUCGCCAUGGGGCCCCAGUAGCUGUUUUAAAAGAUGACUAUAAUACUUGGGGGGAAUAAAAAUUAAGGACGUCAAGCUUAAGCAGAAAUUCAUUUCCAUUUUGCAGAUCUGUCAUAAUUUGCUUGCCAGAAUUGCUAAUUACUAAAACUAUGUUCGACUCCAACCACUGCUCACUCCUGCGCGGCCCAUGUACUACUCAUAGCCUGCAACGAAGUUACAUCACCGACUGUGUGACAUCACGAUAAUUACUACGAAUG